GAGACUAGUAAAUUACAUGCAUUGUUAAUUUCCUACAAUAAGGUAAGUAUUCUCUGACGUUAUCCAUGUCUUCUGUUCAGAAUUACGUGGUGAGGAGACAAUUAGCAUACACGAGUUAGGUCUGGCGUGCAAAUGAUUCAGGAUUUCGCAUCAUGGCUAAAGACGUCGGAAGAAAAGUUUUAAUUUUGCAAAUAGUUUGUGGUUUUCUUGCAUUACUGUGUUUGGGUCUCCUGAUUGCAUUAAUUGUGGUGUCAACGAGAGGUAAGAGUGAAACUUUGGAAAAUGGAUCGUCCUCGCAUGUUAUUUGCCCAGAUAACACACGGCUGAAAGUUCAGCCAGCACGCUCCUCAGGUCUAUUCAACGACUUGACCAAGGAUGAGAUCAUCGCUGUUCGUGACUACAUCCUCGGCCAGCCGUCCUUGAACAUUACACCUUAUGAAGAAGCGGCCAUAAACAACAACUUCAUUUAUUUGAUUGAGCUGCAACAACCACCUAAAGAUGAAGCGCUUGCAUUCCUCGAUAGCGACAACGACGCCUUGAAACCCGAGCGUAAAGCUCGUGUCGUUAUUUUCAAUGGAGGAAAAGUUAACCCGAACGUGACAGAAUAUCUCGUGAGUCCAGCAGCAAAACCGACCAAAUUUGAAGAAACAACCGGCCCCGGUCAUAAAUAUCCGAUCCCAUUUGAUUCUCGCCCACCAGGUGGUAAGGAUGGUGACUUCAUAGAAGGCAUUAUCUUGAACGUAACUGAUCAAGCCUUUGACCUGCUGAAGGAAAGCUUCGACGGGUACACAUACAGUGGUUGUACAGACCGCUGUUUAGUAUGGUCCGAGUCGGCACCCGGAGAGUCUGGCCACCGUAAGAAAUGGAUCUGGUUUGUUCGGAAACUACAGGGAAACUACGUGCAUCCGGUUGGCUUUGAGAUCUAUCUUAACACACAAGGAAACGAUGUUUCCGAGUGGAAAGUUGAAAAAGUGUUUUACUAUAAUCAGUCAUUCGACAGUGUGGAAGAACUGAUGCAAGUUUACAAGAAUGGCUCCCUUCACAAAGUUUUCCUCCCCGCUCCAUCUUCCUCGAGUAAAACGCCUUUGUAUUCGUCUUAUUUUCAGCGAGGAAGACCACAGCCCUCAGUACCUCUGAGACCACCCCAAUUGGUGGAGCCCGAUGGUAAGCGUUACACCGUCAGCGGAAGUCAUGUGGAAUACAUGAAGUGGAGUUUUGAUUUCCGUUCCCGCAGUUCCACCGGGAUGCAGCUGUUUGAUAUCAAAUUCGAUGGCGAAAGAAUCGUGUAUGAACUCAGUCUCCAGGAGGCUGCAGCAUUUUACUCAGGCUGGAGUCCCAUGCAGAUGCUGACCGAAUAUCUGGAUACCGCCUGGGGUAUGGGUAGCAGCAAGUUUGAACUAGUCCCAGGUAUCGACUGCCCAAGCACGGCCACAUUCUUCGACACAAUUCAUUUUGUAAGCAGCAGUGAGCCAGCUACUUUCCGAAAAUCAGUGUGUUUAUUUGAGCUCGACCUUGGUCUUCCGUUACGCAGACAUUUUGACAACGAUUUUGGGGGUGGUUACAAUUUCUACGGAGGAAUGCCAGGAAUUGCAUUAGUUUUGCGCUCUGUUUCCACUGCGUACAACUACGAUUACAUUUAUGAUUACAUGUUCUACCCAAACGGUGUCGUGGAGGUCAGAGUGUCGACGAGUGGCUACGUGCAAGCUACUUAUUGGACAGUAAACGAGGCUCCAUACGGAACCGAGAUCCAUACUGACGUUGCGGGAACUAUUCAUGAUCAUUUGAUCAAUUACAAAGUGGACAUGGACAUUGGAGGAAGAGAAAACUCUUUUGAGAAUAUCGAAAUCAAGGUGGAAAAUAUCACCAACCCUUGGUUUCCAGGCUCCAGAAGAAUACAAAAGGUGCUCAGCCGCAGCCUAAAGCAGACCGAGCAAGAAGCCACCUAUCGCCAAAACUUCGAACAUCCUAAGUACUUAAACUUUUUCAGCGAUGGAAAAGUGAAUAAGAUGGGCGUCAAUCGAGGUUACCGUAUUCACAUCCGAGACAUGAUGAAACAAAUGUACCCUAAUGACUGGGAGCUAAUGUCAGGUGCCGCCUGGACACAGAACCAGAUGACGAUCACUAAACGCAAAGAAGAGGAAGAAAGAAGUUCCUCCAUUUACAAUCAGAACAGCAUGCACGACCCCGUUGUGGACUUCUCAAAAUUCACAGACGACGACGAAAGUAUAGUGAAUGAAGACCUGGUUGCCUGGGUAACAGUAGGCGUGAUGCACAUACCCCAUUCGGAAGAUAUUCCGAACACUGCCACUGCGGCCAACUCGGCCAGCUUUUUCUUGCGACCCUACAACUACUUUGACGAAGACCCAUCCAUGGCUUCUCAAGAUGGAAUACUCAUUUUGCCUACCGAAAACGGCGCUGAUGUUAACACAUUUGGAACUCCAGAUGGACCUUCGUGUGCUAUAAAAAACAAACCUGUGAAAUACACCGGUAAUUACGGAGACGUUUAACACUGACGAGUCAUUGGCGUAUAAGCAUUUUACACACUAACUGGGAAUCAAAUGCUGAGAAUUAGAUUUAAACCGACGUUACAUAUCUGUAGUGUCUUGUUAUGCGUAGGAAAUCGUAUGAACCCUAGUGCAGUUUGUGAUUUAUGGACGCUGAACAGGUUUCUUUUUCCGUUUGAAUUAUUUGCGUUCGACGUUAGGAGAAAGCAUGCUUUUCGUGUUGCUUCUGCUGAGUAAUUUAGGGUUUGAGCGCCAUCUUAAACUGAGUGACCACUCACUUCGAUUUCACGCGAGACCUUUGGAUCCCGCUGAUGUGAUGACACUUUUUUCCAUUGCAAUGUCCAUUAGACCCAACUUCACGAUUAGUUCAAGUUUACAACCGAUUGCGGUUUAGGAAUAAAGGCUGAUAGUUUCGAAAGAAACUGUUUGGGGCUGCGUCGGUGGGAGUAACGAAAUAAUUUGG